AUGGACUUUGUCACGUUUGAAUCGUUCGCCAAUGAUGAGUCGCUACCGCUGCCCCAACCGUCUAUCCUGCUUCCUCUCAAGCCGCAGCUUGAUAACUUGAAGCUCAUGUCGAAUCUUUCCAACAUCAAGUCUCUCUUGAAGCUGAAGGACGACUACGUACAGGGCGAAGAUGGAUCCACAGAUACACAAUUGGCAGAUCGGUAUGCUAGUUUGUCUCUCAAAGCGUUAGAGAAGUCAAACCAAAGCGAGGGCUCAACAACUCCGGCGGGAAGCGCAGAAACGCGUAACUCUGCCCUCUCGAAGCGUCUAGCUAGAGCGUUGAAUCCUUCCUUGUCAGAUAGCGAAAUCAAAGAAUUGUUUGGAUUACUCGACUCGAAAAACACUGAUAUUUCGCUUAUGGCAGACCCUGGCGUCAUGGGCUCGGUGGCUCGGAAAAACGUCAGAGGAGAAAUCGAGGCAGAUUUGAUUAAAAGUCACACAGCUGCUCUUACAGACUACGGUAAAGUCGUGAGCCAAUUGGAGUUAUUGGGGAAACGAGUAACUCAGCUUGACUUAAUGGUCACGGAAAUUAAUGAAAACCUCGAAAGGGACGAAAAAAACACGGCCCAUAUAUCCCAGGACAUUCACGAACUUGCGCAAAAACAGGCGGGCUACAAGAUCAAAAAAGAACUUCUUCUGAAUUUCAAGAAAACAUUCACCCUAAAUGAAUACGAACAACAUCUUCUCACAUCGGGAGACAUCAAUUGUGCUUUCUUCGAAGCGUUGGCGAAAGCAGAGGAAAUCAACGAGAAAUGUCUGAUUCUACUAGCGUUAGACGACCCCCUGUUGGGAAAAUCUGUCAUGGAAAAGAGCUCGGACUUGAUAGAACGUGCUGUCAACAAAAUCUUAACCUUUUGUAACCGUUCUUUGGUGAACUUAUACCUGAUGAAUGAUAAGUCUCGUACAGAGACAUUACACCAGUGUAUGGAUUACUUGAAAAAGAACCCCGUUAGAUAUGCUGCUGUGAUAGAUACGUACGUUGACUCGAGAACAGCUGUCGUAUUGGAAGAUUUUGCCGCCCAGACAAAUAGUACGAAAUCGGGAUCAACCAAUGUUUCGAGAGAUUCCCGCCCAGUUUACUACACUUCUCAUGACUCUGUGAGAUUUGUGGCUGAUUUGCUAGCAUACGUUCAUUCUGUGGUGGUGAAUGAAAUUGAAGUUGUGGAUGGCUUGUUCCAGGAUGACUCAAGCGAGUUCCAAACAACGAAAGCAGAUAUGAUUAGCAGGAUCUUAAUUGCGUUGGGCCGACCUGUCAAAGCUACCAUCGAGCAGUUGUUGUCUCAAACAACGAAGUUACAGACAAUUCACAAAUUGUAUACAAAUUUGGAGCUCUACCACAUGAUGUACAAAAAACUUGAAUAUGCCGGCUCUCUUGUGGAAACGUUGGUUCUCUUACUUGAGUCUUCCCGUUUCCGUAUUGUUACUAUUAUCAGCAACAAUUUGGCCACAAUUGCAUCAUCAAACCAGGCCCAAAUGGAUUUGUCGACUGACUUGCAACCACCCGAAUGGACAAUUAACUUCUACAGCGAAUUGCUUCCGCUUAUCGACACAAUGACAACAGAGACUAUUCUCUCCCUACCAGAAGCGGCGCAUAAAGAAUUUCUCGAGCUCAUUGUGGAUCGGCCGAUCUCAAUAUUUGAGACCCACCUAAGCAAAGUUUCGAGUACAUGGAGCAAAAAGGAGAUCAUUAUUUUUAAGCAGAAUUACCUUGAUUUGGUGCUCAGCAAGAUAAUGCCACUUGCAUAUUUUCAAGACAAAGUGCUUGAAUUGAAUCGAAGGAAUGCUGCACUCACAAAAGACCUCAGCAAAUUUCACUUGGAUCGUCUUUUGCAGGAUUGUAAGCUAUACGACUUUUACAAUAUUGUGAACAUGAUAUGCCCAAUUGAUGACGAAAUAAGCGACGCCGCAAUGUAUGAAGCUAUCGCCGAAAACAAGCUAUUCAACCAUGAAACCAUUGCUAGCGCCAACGAAACAAUGCAAGAGGUGCUCCCAACAGCGCUUCUUGAUGUGCAGAAUAGUCUCAUGAAGCUCAAUCUGCCAGCGAUCGUGACCGAGGUGAUCAGUGAUGUGAUGGUUAGUUUCACUCAUUUCUACAGUUUGCUCUCCGACAUUGUACAAGCAUUUCUACACAAGCAACUAUUGUCAUGGACGGAUGACAACGUUGCUACCCUCUUGGGUGUGGAGAACCUCUAUUCGAAAAGAAAUGCAGAUAAUUAA